AUGUUGAACCCCACGUCGGACACUCCAGAAAAUUCGACAGUCUGCGCUGGCAAGACGUCGAAACGAAAACGCGCUAAGCGAAAACGAGGUCAGCAAUGGGCAUUCUAUGUGGAAUCUUUUAAACGAACUGUGGAUUGUCUAUACGAGAUCUGCCGUUCUGAUCACAAUAUAAAUGGCUGUAAAGAAGCGAUUAUUUACCUUGAGAACUCGAAACGAGACUUUGAGUCAUUAAUCAAUACUAUCAACGUUGAAACGUCGUGGGAGGAAUCAAGCAAACCCCAAGCUGUUGCGUGGGAAAUUCGAAAAUCUACACGUUCGCCCGUUCAAGUCUCACUUGAUGCAAUGCCCAAAUCUGGUCAUUUGCUGAACGAAGCUGACCUCUACGAGGAAGACGACGAUUUCAGGGAGGCUGCUCGAUUAUCGUUAGACGAUGGCUGGCAGUUGGUAUUACCACGCAGAAAAAGGAGUACAAGUUCUUCUGGAGGAGUUGCGCCUUCUCAUGAUGAUGUUCUGAAUGAGGCAUCUGCGCCUGAGCAACGUGAAGUCGAGCCACCUCGUCCUAACGUCUACGAUCGGCUUUCCGCACCUCGCCGUACCGUGUCUCCAUCGGUUUCUAACGUGACGACGCAUUCUUCCCGACACAGCAGUAUUCGCUCUUCCGCUGGCUUACAGUCAGCGCGUCUUACUUGUCCGAAGAGUGCUAUGGACCUGCCUCAAACGAAGGCGUCCAUGGCCAAGAUGGCUUACAGUCGGCAGUUACUUUGGGAACGCAAUCAGUCCUUACUAGCCGAGAAAUUACGCACAAAACAACGUAUGGAACGAGUUGAACGACAGCGACGACGUACUGGCCCUAGUCGUUGCGGAAUUCAUUUCGCUGAUCGUCCAUCAACUCAAAGUAAUAGCAGCUCUUUUCGACCGCGUCUACACUGCGACAGUGCACCGGCCAGUGAGAGAAAUCCGUCAGUCGAUCGUUCCUUGCAAUCGAUCAAUGAAGUUGGCGAAGCCGAUGAGACUGAGACCGUUCCAGCAGAUCCAACUCCUACCGAAUCAAAUCGGGACAAUGUCCGAUUCUCAGCGACAAGAUCGGAGCCAGCAUUUGGUGAAGUGUCAUCACUUCUUGGCCUAGACGAUGACGUAGAGUGGAAGGAAAUGACAGAAGAGGAGGAGUCAUUAGCUCUAGAGGAGCAGAGCCUCAAUCUUGAGAUAGAGCAUGAAGAGUCCUUUUCAAUUGACAUCGAAUUGGAACGACAAGUCGCCGCUGAAGCUGAAGCUUUGGAGAAGUUCGAGCUUUCUCAAAAAGCCGCCAUACCAGCAAAUCAGAGUAAACGCGCAGAAAACGGUUCAUCCUCAUGUGGAGGACAGCAAGCGGAUCGAACGCGAGAUGAGACCCGUCGACGGCCCAUUUUAACUUGGAGCGAGGUAGUUGGCAAGGAGCUUGUGCCUCCAUAUCGUGAACCAGGCACAGUUGCGGAGCGACAUGAAAAAAUGAGCAGCCCUAGCAGAAGAAGAUGCGAUAAAAAUGACGCCGACUUCUCCCUUCGACAUGCCGAAAAACUGAAGAGAGCCACGGAGUUGAGGGCUCAGUUGCAGGCCGAAAAAACAGCACGAUUGCGAGAACUGGCGCGCAGGGUAGAAGAGGUUCGAGAAAAGAGGCAGAAGGUUAUAGAGAGAAAAAGGCAGCUUCUGGAGAGUCGCAUGGAAAGAGCCCAAGAAAAUCGAGAGAAAAAUAUAACGGAAAUCAUUCGAAAAGCGAAAGAUGACGAACAAAAGGUUCUAGAAGUCCAGUUCAUCAAUUCGCUGCAAGGUGGAAACAUGAUACUUGAUCUGCGGAUGAGAGACGCUGGAGUUGAAGAACGGAAGCAAUCAUUGGCAGAGGAACGAGCAAGAAGAAUGGAGGAGAAGGCAGCAAAAGAACAUGCCGCCGAGGAAAGGCGUAAAAUAGCAGAAAUGGAGCGUAUCGCACGGCUCCAGGAAAUCGCAGAAAGAAAAGAAGCUCGUCAUGCUCAGCUUGCUGCGCAGAGGAAUGAGCAGGAACGACUACGAAAUGAAAAGCGAAAGCUACAACAAGAAAAGCUCAACGAGCUAAGAUUGGCUGAUGCUGAAGAGAAUGAGUCUCUGCGAAAGAGAAUUCAAGAAAAAAUCGAAUCAACGUCUCGCCGCCAUGAGCAAAAUCUAGAAGACGUACGAAUUCGCGCGCAAGAGUUUUCAUCUCCUCGCCCACCAUCUGGGUGUAGAUGGACGUGGUCUUUUGUGGAUCACACUCAUUGGCCAUCGGAUGGCUACGGAAUCAACUUCAAGUGUGGACCUUGUAAUACUGAA